UUGUGUAAGUUAACGGUGCAAUUUGAGUUGUCAUCGUUUAAAAACUCAAGCGACUAAUAAUUGGCUCUCUCUAACAAGCUUUCUCUUUAAAAGAGUUUUACCCUUUUGGGUCACCGCCGGCAACACCUUGGACAGGUUGUCACUGUCCUUCUCUGUUACUUUCCCUCCCGUCUGUUUCCGUGCUCGAGUUGGUGAAGCCGUCUUUUCUAUUCAAUUCCACCCUCUUUAUGCACGUUUUCACCAUUGCAAACCGCCAAACAAGAGUCUUGCAUGAUGUUUGAAGCGUGUCCAGCUAAGGCACUAGUCAACCUUUCAUUAUCCUUUCACCUGUUCGCAAACUAAGAUUAAGACACAAUCGUACUUUUCAACCCCACCUGAACUUCUCUUCUCCAAUCAUUCUAUUCUUUUUUCCCCAAAAUACCUGCAUCUCUUCUUCUUUACUCUUUUAGUUUUUUAGUGGUCCCCUGCUUUGUCCAGUUAGAGUGGCACAGCAUUACUUUGAUAGUGCAAGCAACUUAACCUUUACUUCCUUUCCACCAUGGAGCACUGAUCUCUUUAUUGAAGAACAAGAUUCGGAUCUACUAUCUAGUGAUGAUGACGAAGUCCCUUUUGCAAGACAUGGACCAACAGUUGAAACUGAUCCAGCACAUUUAGCCUUACAACGUGAUUUCUAGAUCCUCUGUGUGAUUGGAUUCAUUCUGGACCAUCGAAAGUUCUCAGUGAGUCAUCUUCAACACAUUAUAGAUGAUGUAUGGAGAAUUAGAGGGAUUGUAUCAAUAAUGGGUAGGGAAUCAUAUUUUUACAUUUUCCAUUUUGAAUAUGUUGAAGAUCUUCUUCACAUUUGCAAUGAAGGGCCUUGGGCUGUUGAUGAGGCUUUAUUAGUCUUAGAGAGAUGGAGACCUAACCUGGUCCUGAGCCACCUCCAAUUGAAUUACAUCUCAGUAUGGGUUCAAUUGCAUGGAUUACCUCUAGAAUACCAGUACCCUGAGCUACCUAAACGCAUGGGUCAAAUGAUGAGUUUGCUAGAGAGAGUGAAUUGGGAAGAUAGGAUUCCUAGAAACAUUAGAUUCAUGCGCAUUAAGGUUAGAAUAGAUCCAUGGCUUCCUGUUAUUGCUGGUUUUAUGCUAAGACUUGAUGAUGGGUCUCAGGUGUGGGUUCAAUGCAAGUAUGAGAGAGUCCAUAAGUUAUGUGUUAAAUGUGGAUUAAUAGGUCAUACUCACAGACAAUGUACUCACUGCAUGGACAACAUUGAACUAAUGCUUUAUAGACAAAGACUAAGAAUACAGGAUCUCCAUCAAGUCCAAUACAGAUAUGAUGCUAUGCAACCACAGUUCUCAAAUGAUCUCCAGACUUUUCACAAGAGAAGAUGGACUACCCAAUUUUGGUUUGGGCAUAUCACACAGCUGGCAGGACAUGCAAACCCUCACCAUUCAAGCCCAGACCACCCUAACCCAAGUACUCCAAAUUCAUCACACUCUAACCAUGCAACAUAUCCUACCACCACUAAUCACCCUAAAAAUAAUGAGCCAAACACCACAUCCACACAGCAGCCAGACACCAAUCACCAAACACAUAAUGGUGACACUUACCUACAUGCUGCCAUCAAUCUCCUAACUCUGAAUCACCCAAACAUUCCCUAUCUAGGUGGGAAUCAGACUGUUCCCCCUACCCCAGCUAACUCCUUAAUCUCAUCCAACUCAAAUUCCCUUCAUGGUGAAACUGAACACCCUCUGAACAACCAAGCUGAAAAUACAUUACAUGCAGACAUCCCUCAUCCCCUGUUGAACCCAUCAAACAGUGGUACAAAUGUGACCAGCUUUGCUACGAGACCACCCUGGUUGCCCCUUGAUGAGACUAAUCUUAAAUGAGCUUUAAUUGAGGGUAAUGGUCCAUUUAUAACAAAUGGCCAAAACAGUCGUCCCCAAUUUGAAGCCUCAGACUCUGGAACUGAAAGUGACACCACUGCAAUUAUGUUUAAUCUUGAUAGUUUAAAUGAACGAAGACCUGAAAUUGUGCAAGCCCAAACCUGGAUGACAGGAUGCAUACCAGAGUCUCUGGAUUCUUUUAUUGAGUCUCUAGUGCAAAGGGUUAAUCGCAAGAGAUUCAGAUUUGAACUAGGGGAUUCAAGUAAUGGGCCGAGGCUAAUAGCUCCACAAUCAGAGGCAGCCCAACCCAAUGCUGACAAGAAGACACCCCCUGAAGAACAAGGCCUGCGCUUGCUCAACAUACCUUCUCAACCUGGCCAACAUGCAAACCCACAAGAAACCCAACAGCCCACUAAUCUAGACCACAAUGUGAAAGACCUAAGCCCUUUUGAGCUCCUUACCUUAGGCCCAAGACCACCCUCCCCUGUAAUAUCUGCACCCUCCCCCACACUAAGUACCUCUCUGAGUUGUAGUGAAGACCUGAACCCAACAGAUGAAGAAGCAGCCAAGGAAAGUUCAAGAAAGAAAUUGAAAGAUUUGGAAGAAAUAUCAAACAAAGACUCUGUUGUGCAAUCUUUGAGAAAGAAGAUAAUCAUGCAAGACCACCCACUACUUGGUAUAACAUGGCAAAAGCAGGCACAUCUACAUUCUAUGUCGACUCUGAUGCAGGGCUUUGGGAAGCUGGCCAGUAAUAGCUUCCUCAAGAGCCAUGAGGAUUAUAAGCUGGAAUUACAGGGGGCUGGGCAACCCCUUUGCAGUUCUACAAUGCAGAAAAAGGCCCAGGAGUACAAACCUGAUAUUUUGUUUUUGCUGGAAACCAAACUUGCUAAAGACAAGGGUCAAGAUAUUUUUAAGAAAGUGUGGAUUUUGGAAUGGGUGGGAAGUCCCUCGUGAAGGCCUCAGUGGUGGAUUGCUCCUUGGAUGGCUCCAAGGUCAAACUCUCAACAUCCAAUACAGCUCAAAGAACUUGCUGCAUGCUGAUCUCCUCGACCUUAAAGGAAUUUGGUGCUCUACCAAGGAAAAACUCCUAAUCCAGCUGAAGUUGUACUCACCUCUCAAUCACUCAUUUGCAAGUACAAGGAGGCAUUCCAGAAAAAUCAACUUCAACUUGAAGCAGGUACUAGACUGAAGCAUUCACAAACCCUUGACCACCAGAAUUGGCAAGCUAUUAUCAAAGUGGCAGCCUAUAGGAAUAGAAGAUCAAGAAGAUGCAGAUAUGCUUUUGAAGCCAUCACUAUGGAUGGAAUUAAUCUUUUUACAGAAGGAGCUAGCAGUGGGAGACAAUCUCAACAUCUGGCAAACCAGGAAGCAGUAGUGGAAGCAAUGAUCAAAGCCAAUGAAGUAGGUCUGAGAAGGAUCAUCAUAAUGUGUAAUUGCAGAAGAACAUUGCAAAUCUAAAGCAACUCUAGAGUGCCAGCAUGGCAGGAGCAAACCUUUAUCUCUGAUAUUAGGCAGCUAAAGCAAGAAGGAAUGCUUAUUAACUUUUUUCUUGUACCUAAGGUUAUAGUCUCUCGUGUUGGAACUUGCUGUUAGGACUACUAGUUUUCCAAUGCAUUUUUGUAGCCUGAAUGUGAACUCUACAUAGGCUUGGACUAUUUUGUAUUUCCAUCAUAUUAUAUAUUUAUAUGAUUAUUAGGUAUUAAAAAA